CAAUCUAGUACUACAGAAGAAUCUACUUCGGACACUGGUACAUCAUAAAGAUCCUGAGCAAGAGUUGGGCGGAUUUGUGCAGCUAUCUCCAUCAUAAAAGAUUUUUGUUGGAAAUUAAUAUAAAGAGAUCAAAUACGACGAGUUCUACUUGUUGGUGAAGAUCUGACUUCAAGAAGUUAGACAACAUGGUGGAUGCAGCUAUCAAGAUGGAGGCCACGGAGGUCACGCAACAGGAGGCGUCGGUGGGUGAGGACGAGAACCAACCUGCGAAGGCCAGCGUGAUCAUUGGUCACAGCGCGGCUACUAGUUCGAGCAAUCCCAACUGGGACGCUCUUGCUAGUACGAGCCGAGGCACUGGGGCAGUUAUGUCUGUCACUUCUGUGGGUUGUAAUCCAGAAGCUAUCUUCGUUUCAUUUUUCAACUUCUUUGAGAGUGUUGCUUCAACGGUUGGCUAGAGAGCCUCUGCUUUGGAAGUGCUGGAGACUCAGGCAUCUUGCUUGAUAGACUCAUGUUCUCGAAAAACCAUAGAUCCCUCACUUACCACGUCGCUCCUCUCGACUCGGGACGAGUCUCUACGCAGGGAGAAAGGCGGCACUAUAGUGCUCGUCUUGUAUGCCGAACUGUCUGUGAAUGACGGGCACUAGAAACCAAUGAAUAGCUUCCGUCUUCUCUAACAAACGCCCUCGCCAGUCUCUACGACUAGCCAGCGGCGGCUCAAGACGAACGGUCCUCGGCAAGACCAAGAGCGGACGAGCAAAAGGGCGACGAAGAGAGAGCAGUUUAUGGCGGGCAGCGAAGGCCGGGUCAGCUAUCUUGUAUCUCGACGCUGCUCACGCGUUGCAUCGCGAUAAGAAGCGGGAAAGACGUUCAGAAACUUUGGCGCAAGUUUUUGACUCCAAAGCGAAAACAACGACGCCAGCACAGCAGGAGCCAUUCGGGUCGGCCGCUGAACUGAAUCGAAUAGCGGCCACAUACGGCUCCUCUCGUUCUGCUAGUAGCAACAGUGACAGUACUGCCAACGUGGUAGAAUCCACGGCGGCAUCCGCUUCCAGUGGCCAUGAUGAUACGCAAAAGCAAGGUAGUCACUAAUAGCUUUCUACAAGCACUCAUUGUUCAACUUCUAUCCUGGACUCGAUACAAAGAGACACAUUACUUGGUUACGAAGAAGUAUCGCCUAUAGAUGGUGCCAGCCGGACAAGUAUUAAACUUCAUCACACUGCAACAACUAUCUUUCUACCCAAGAAAACCUCAAAAAUAUAAGGUAAACCAACAGACGCGGCCGAGGUGAGUCAUGGCGUAGGGGAUAGCGGGCAAGAGGUAUCAGAGUCAGCUUUAGACGCCGACACGCGGAACCUUCGAUCCCCUGACCAUAACGAGGCUGGUGUCAAAGAUAAAGCCAUCAAAGCGCCAUCCGCUGGAAACGACGCAGGCAACACAAAUGGGAACGCUGGCACUUUUCUUAUUGUGAGAUGGAUCAGAUGACUGUAGUGCGGACAGUACUCUCUUCAAAAAGGUUUUUCGUCUCCAUUUGACUGAUUCUACUUCAAUCUGACCUACUUGUCAGCACAGUACGAAUACAAAACGCCGCCCUGGCUCCGCCCGAUCCUCUUGACAGACACCCUCGCAACAUCUCCCCAGGUAGUAAAAGAGCCGCCCAGAGCGUGGCGAGCACACGAUCAGAAGCUGAGGUCGCUAGCCAUACCUCAGAAGAGUCCAAAAGUGGGGCACGUACAGGUGGCAAGGGAUAUCCCAAAAGUGAACAGAAGGGAGAGAAAGCCCUGAAGGCAGUGGGAGAAAGUGGGUCGCUGGGUAUUUCCACUUCCGUCCGUUUCCUAAUGAUGAUGCGCCUUUUACUCUGUGAGUGUUGGAUUUGUAAGUCUAUUAAUCAUCAAAAUGAAGACUCUCACUUGUCAAUCUACAACAACAGGCAGCACGGAUCACGUGCUGCUAUCGCAGGAUACUAGGGGAAGCGGAGCCUCUACUGUCCGACUUGACGAGGCUGCUGACCUAGAGGUAAACGCUGGCAACCAUGUCGCCGACGAGGUUACCGCAAGCCAUGUCGAGACGGGCUCGGACAGUGUGGACCCAAGAUGGCGCGGGAUUUUAUGGCCUCGAUUUCGUGAGUUUGAAGCUGAAGAAUACUCACAGAAAGUAUGAGGCUUUUGGACUUCUUCCGAUAUUAGUUUUUGAUCUUGGGAGCCUUGUUCUUGUUGGUGCUCGGUAGUAGUUACAUGACUGCGCAACCAACUUCGUUUCAGGCACGAAAAAGCCUGAGACUCGUUUUGUAUGUGCCAGCCCUGUACAGGCGAUUUUCUUAUCCUUAUAUAUCGCCUGUAGUUGUGUUGUAGGAGCCGUUGCUCCACUUCUAACAUUCGCGACAACCACAGUCACAGCGACGACGCUAGGGAGCCAAAUGCUGCGAAAGGUAGAGCCUGGCACUUCGUCCAGAGAGAGCGAUAGCUGGGUGCCUGCAGCUGGCAAGAAAUAUCCCAAGAGUGAACAAAAGGGAGAGAAAGCCCUGAAGUCAGUCAAGGCAAGUGUGCCGCUGGGUACUUCUACUUACAUCCUUUUCCGUUUGAAGAUGCGCCGUCUACUCUGUGACUGUUGGGUUUACCAAUUUAUCUCACUCGUCAAUCUACAAUAACAGGCAGCGCGGACCACGUGCUGCUAUCGGAGAAUAUUAUUGAACGCGGAGCCUCCACCCGAUUUGAUGAGGCUCCUGCUAGCCUCGAGGCCAAUGCUGACAGGCCAGCGGAAAACCAUCCGACAAAGGGCGCCACAAGUGUUGCACACGAUGACGCGGCAAGCUUGGCCGAAACCGAUAGUGAGGACCCAAGAUGGCACGGGAUUUUAUGGCCACGAUUUCGCUAGUUUGAAACUGAAGAAGACAGCAGCUACUUCUCCUACUUUUGAUUAGAAUUAGGCCAGCCUCAUGCAGUUGCAGCCAAGUAGGAAUAUGUAGACGCACCACAUGAAGAGCGAAUAUAUGAGACUUUUGGACUUCUUCCGACAUUAGUUUUUGAUCUUGGGAGUCUUGUUCUUGAAUAUUGGUGCUCGGUAGUAGUUAUAUGACUGCGCAGCCAGUAACUUCGAUUCAGGCACGAAAAAGCCCGAGACUCGUUUUGUUUGUGCCAGUAUUAUACAAGCGAUUUUCUUAUCCGUAUAUAUCGCCUGUAGUGUAGGAGCCGUUGCUCCGCUUCUAACAUUCGCGACAACCACAGCCACCACGACGACGCUAGCGAGCCAAAUGCUGGGAAAAGUAGAGCCUGGCACUUCGUUCGGCGAUACCUCAGAAGAGACCACAAGUGAGGCGCCUGCAGCUGGCAACGAAUAUCCAAAGAGUCAAAAAAAAGGGGAGAAGGCCCUGAAGUCAGUCAAGGCAAGUGGGUCGCUGGGUACUUCUACUCGCACCCUUUUCCGAUUGAAGACGUGCCUUUUUGUUUUACUAUGUAAGUAAUUCCAAUGAAUUGCAUCGAACCAAAAACCUUACCCACUCUCGGAAAGUUUGAAAGUUUGGCAGAUAUUUUUGGAAAGUGCUUAGUUAGCUUAUCAGGUAAGUAAAGUCUAAAUAGCUAAUAGUUAAGGACUAGAUAGAAGACAGGGCCACGGGCUGAGUCGCUGCUUCUGGCGGUCGAAGUCCUCAGGAGCGGGCCUUAUGAGCUGUGGGACCUUGUGAGAUGGGUCUGGAAAUGUCAAUGUCUGUGGAAUUGGUUGAAAGGUGCGAACUUUCUUCUUGAUGAUGAUGCGGCACCAGGUUGGUGCCGCACAUUCAUCAACAAGAAAGCUCCUCCCUCCCAAUCAAUUCUGCAGCCAUUUGCAGACCCAUCUCACACUUUCCCACGGGUCGCAAGAUCUUCUCCUGAGGACUUGAGCCGACGCGCCGUGCCGAUUCUUCUUGUGAUCCUGUCUAUCUAGUGUCUCGCUAGCUACUAGACCUGAAGUAGUUAGUUAAAAUCAAGUGCCAGACUCUGCCACCCUUUCAAAUUUUCAAGGGUGGGUAAGGUUUUUGGUUCGAUAAAUUGUUGGACUUGCGAGUCUAUCAAUCAUGAGCAUGGAGGUUCUCACUUGUCAAUCUACAACAACAGGCGCGGGCCGCGUGCUGCUAUCGCAGGAUACUGGUGAAAGCGGAGCUUCUACUGUCCGAUUUGAUGAGGCUGCUAGCUUGGGGUCAAGCGCUAACAGCCCUCCGGAAAGACACAUGGGAAAUUCCGCCGGAAGUGUUGCAGACGAGGCUACGGCAAGCCUCGCUGAAACGGACAGUGAGGGCCCAACAUCAUGGGGCGGGAUUUUAUGGACUCGAUCUUUUCACUAAAGAAACUUCAACUAAAGCCAUGUAGCCCACUACGUCGGAAGAAAGUGCGACUAGCUUUCUCUAACCUAGUGCGUCUUGUCGUCGCUCGUCCAUACCUAGUAGAGGUCUAUACUAGACUAGAUGUUGCAGCAACAGCAGGUAGAUGAGGGUUAGGCGAAGCAAGGUAGCUGGUGAUGUAUUUUCGAUAUGGCGCGCCAUUGACGGCGCGGCCGAUCGCGUUUCAGGCAGGCAAUGGCCUGCUACUCUUGUUGUGCGUCUACGUGCGCUUUUUGCUUUGUGUUGAUCACUCGUAGUAGCCGUCGCUCUACUUCUAACAUUCGCGACGACCACAGUCACAACGACGAGUCUUAGACAUCAAAUGCUGCGAAAAGUAGAGCCUGACACUUUCCCCACCGAACGAACACCGGCGCCAACGGCCGCGAGUUGGAAGGACUUCGCGCUUGGGCUUUUCCAUAAAGUUGCAAGCCUCUUCUGGUCGAGUUCCCCUUCCGCGGAUCUUUCGAAGGAAACCGACAAUGGCCGCGCAGUCACGGAGUUAUGGCUGGAUCAUUGAAAAUAGAGGACGACAGAACGAGUGGGGAGUCGACUGAGAUGCAAUCUGUAGAAGUGAGUGGCGUUAUGCUGGAGAACUCCCCUCCAUGUAUUAUUUUGAAAGUGGAACUUUCAUUCUAACUCGAUCUCGUGUUUGUUGUUAUUAUCAAGUGGAAUGUGAUGCCGCUAAUGAUAAUACGGCUACACCGGGAGCCAGAUGCGCCACAGUUCUCGUCUUUGUUGCAGCUGCAUAUCGAUGACUUUUUCAGGAGCAAUGAGUUGGCAGAAAGAGUGGGGGAUCUGGACGCGAGAUGCGCGAACCUAGCAAAGAAAGGAAGGCAGCAGCUUACUUACUUGGAAACGACGCAAGUCCAAAUCUCUGCGCCGUCCCGAACAAUAACAAAAUCAGCAGAGAAGGCUGCUCACAUGUACUGCGACUGCGCUCCAAAAGAAGACGAGUUGCAGUUUCAGGCUCCAUCAUCACCCGUGUCACCUCCGCCUCGACCUCCAUCACCACCAGCGCCACGGCCACCGGAAGGCGAACCAACUCCACUGGAAACGCGAGACACAUCUCUUCUAGAAUCUAUUGCGGCGACGGCCCUGGGGGUGUUGGCGACGGUGAGCAACUUCAUCAGACGCCCCAGCCGCACACCGUGUGUCUAUCAGGUCAUUGCCGUGACGGAACGUGAUCGGAACGACGGCGGGCGAAAUGAUGGCGCGCUCCUAGUGCGCACAUGGUUCAAGCAGACUACGGCGUCCCCUGUGUCGACCCGUUCGCUGUUUUGCAAAAAAUUGCAAGAGGAUCGAG